UAUACAAAAGAGAAGGCAGAAGACAAUUCACUUUCUGAGCGUAAGGCAGCAAGACUGAAACACAAACGUUUUGAGGGAAAAUGCUUUUAUUUAUUUUUCCAUCAGAUUUGUUUUAAUGCCAUUAGAGAGGAGACACAGCAAGAUCAACAGAAAACAUCUAUAAAGAGUUUAAAGAUCUGGACCACACUGACCUGGGUCAGUCUGUGACUGCAGAACAAAAUGACUCUGAACAACACAACAUAUGACUACGAUGAUGACUAUGAGGACCAGUUGUGCCGCAAAGACGACGUGGUCAAAUUUGGAUCCAUUAUUAUCCCGCUGUUUUUCUCUAUAGUGGUUGUGAUGAGCUGCAUUGGGAACGUCCUGGUCUUGAUCAUCCUGGCGCUUUACGAGAGUCUGAAAUUCCUGACCAAUGUGUUCAUCCUCAAUUUAGCUCUGUCAGAUCUGCUGUUUACUUUUGGCCUUCCAUUCUGGGCUUCAUACUUCAUCCAUGGUUGGACGUUUGGAGAGAUUGGCUGUAAAGCGGUCAAGUUUCUGUUCUACGUGGGCUUUUACAGCAGCGUGUUGUUCUUGACUCUCAUGACCAUUCAGCGCUACAUGGCAGUGGUUCAUCCUCUGUCCGAUUGGGAGAAAUGCAGAUGCUUUUCAGUCGCUCCCAUUAUCAUUUGGAUGAUGAGUGGAACGGCUGCGCUGGUUGGUGCACAUUAUAGCAAAAUCCUGAAAGAUCUGAACAACACAUACUGUGAAUAUGAAAGUAUUAAAGUCAAAUCAGGCAUUGCUUAUUUCCAGAACGCUUUUUUCUUCGCUGCAUUUCUAAUUAUGGGUUUCUGCUAUUGCCGAAUGCUUCAGACUAUAACAAAUGCACGCACCAGUAAAAGACACAAGACCGUUCGAUUAAUUUUCUCCAUCGCUCUGGUGUUUUUCAUUGGUUGGGCUCCAUAUAACAUUGCUAUGUUCCUGAGAUCUUUGACCGAUCAGAAUAUCCCUCCAUUCACCAUCUGUGAAGUAAGUAAAGGAGUCGACUACGCAUAUUACCUUUGCCGUUUGCUAGCUUUCUCACACUGCUGUCUGAAUCCAGUGUUUUACGUGUUUGUUGGCGUAAAGUUUAGGAAUCACCUGUAUAUGAUUCUGGAGAAGAUCUUGAAAAAAAAAAAAAAACUCGAUUCCAGUCAGGGCAGAAUGGCAAAAAAUCAGUCACAAGGUUCAAUGUACUGAGAGAAAACUCGAGCACUUUAACCGAAUUCAACCAACUGUGAGUUCUUCAGAAUGUACAUACUGUAGAGAUUCAACCCGGCUGGAAAUUUUGGUGUAGCAAAUGUAGCAUUUUUUUCAUAUUACUACCUGAUUGUUCAACACAAUCUUAGGGCAAUUCGUAACUUUCUCAUUUAGUGGCUAAUUCGUAUGAAUUCAUACGAUCUAAUUCGUACAUUUUAGUACGA